AUGCCCAGCCUCACGAAUGGCUUCCAUGCGAUGGAGGUGAACGGGAACGGGAACGGACGCACCAAUGGUCACUCUAGCAGCACCGAGGGCAGCAGGUCAUCGAGUGCGAGCGAUGGGGCCAGGUUUGGGCGUAGGAAGUCAAUUCCUAUGAUGCCCCCUUUCAUGGUCUCCGCACCAGGCAAAGUCAUUGUAUUUGGAGAGCACGCGGUGGUUCACGGCAAGGCUGCUAUUGCUGCUUCGAUCUCCCUACGAUCUUACUUGCACGUAACGACACUUUCGAAAUCACGACGCACAAUCACACUCAGAUUCCCCGAUGUUGACCUAGUACAUUCAUGGCACAUUGACGAUCUGCCCUGGGAACUGUUCUCGCACCCAUCCAAAAAAAAGUACUACUAUGACCUUGUCACGAGUCUGGACCCGGAGUUAAUGGCUGCUAUUCAGCCACAUCUCGCCGACGUUUCGAUCGACAGGCCUCCUACUGAGCGCAAGAUUCACCAGAAUUCCGCUGCGUGUUUCUUAUAUCUUUUCCUCUCCUUAGGCUCACAAAAAUUCCACGGCUGUAUAUAUACGUUGCGGUCAACAAUACCUAUCGGUGCCGGGUUGGGCAGCAGUGCAUCGAUUGCAGUAUGCUUAUCGGCCGCCCUAUUAUUACAGAUCCGCACCCUUUCGGGGCCGCACCCUGAUCAACCCUCAGAUGAAGCACGCUUGCAAAUAGAGAGGAUAAAUCGUUGGGCCUUUGUGGCAGAGAUGGCUAUUCACGGAAAUCCCUCUGGUGUUGACAACACCGUCGCGACACAAGGCAAGGCCGUUGUCUUCCAGCGAAUAGAUUAUGACAAGCCACCUGCCGUAACGCCAUUAUGGGACUUCCCCGAGCUUCCGUUGCUUUUAGUCGACACUCGCACGCCCAAAUCAACAGCUGCGGAGGUGGCCAAAGUAGCUAAGCUAAAAACUACUCAUCAGAAACUCGUAGGCAGUAUCCUUGACGCGGUCGAUAAGGUGACCAGAACUGCCGAGGGUCUCAUUGACGAGGACACUUUUGAUGCCAAAGAGGACGAAAGUCUGAGACGCAUGGGCGAAUUGAUGUCCAUUAACCACGGCCUGCUUGCUUCUCUAGGAGUGUCACAUCCUCGACUUGAGCGUGUGCGCGAGCUCAUCGACUUCCAGAACUUGGGUUGGACGAAGCUGACAGGUGCUGGCGGCGGCGGUUGUUCGAUAACAUUGAUGAAACCCGGUGUGUCCAAGGAAAAAUUAGAAUCGCUACAAGCACAACUUGAUUCCGAGGGCUAUGCACAGUUCAAGACGACGCUCGGUGGCGAUGGCAUCGGCGUUCUAUGGCCAGCCGUGUUGAAGAAUGGAUUAGAUGAAGACCACGAGGGUGGCAUGGAGAUUGAUCUCGAUAAGUUCCUUAACGCACCUGGCACUGAAGGUGUAGAAAAGCUGGUUGGUGUCCAUGGCGGAACUGGCGAGAGAGAGGGAUGGAAGUUCUGGAGAGUAGAGAGCCGAUAA